AUGGUAACCCCCCAUACCGACUCGACGUUACCAGACUUCCGGCCCAUGAAGAAGACACUUGGGUUCAAGGCGACGGUCAAGUCUGCAGUGAGGCGUACGCUGAAAUCGCGACGUGCAGCCGAGGAGAACGACACGAACACCCUUGCUACCCCAUCCUUCAUUGAGUCCCAAUGCAGCACUUUGAUUGAUUUUGACGUCGGAUAUGAACAAUCCAACUGGCAGAGAAACCCGCCAACGUCGCCAUCAUCCAAUGCCGUUGCACGGACAUGGUCCGCUGUCGUUCCAGACUACACCAGAAGCGAUUAUCUACGCCUGUCACCGGAUGCAGACACGGCCUCUAUAGAUACACAAAUGCUGGAUCUUGAAGACAACGCUUGGGGUCCGCCGCGACGCAGUACCGCCGCCGACCGCCAAAGCAAAGCGAAACAAACGAAAACGAAAUUCUUCUCGCGUACCGCUGCGAAACCCAAAAAUACCUCCAGAGUAAGUUGCUCGGUACCGCUGCCCUCGCGAUGCCAACUAACGGCGCGAUUCGCAGUGACAGGACCCUUCCGUGGGAUGUAA